AGAUCACAAAACUUGAAUUGAAAACUUGAAAAAAAUCUAGAGGCUUCACACUUCAAUACAGACAUUAGUCUGUACAGAAUUUGUUCCUCCUAUAAUUUGUAAUUUUUAUUUCUGAUAUUCGCGAAAAAUUGAGUGAUCCCGGGGCGCCGAUAUCGGGCCUUUUUGCUCCACUCGUAAGUGUUAGAACGGAGGACAGACAAUUAUGUUUGUUGCUGUGCUUUUGAAUUUUUCCCCAUCCUCUCUUUUAUUGAGAGAAAUUUUCUUAUCGGUGAUUCAGCGUUUGUGGCAGGAAGACGUAUACGAUGAUUACGAGUCCGACUUUUAUUCAAACUCGACCACUCGACAGUCGCCAAAACUCUGCUUAGAAUGUAUUAAAAAAAAAAGUUGAGUGUAUAUUCAAACAUGCAGUUAUUUGAAAUUUUAAUUAUUUUUUUGCUGUACCAAUCACAAGUUUUUUGCGAUCAGUUAUUUACAUUUCGUGAAAAAUCUACUUAUUCCAAUUUCUGGUCUGGAACAUGGCCACGACAUCAAGUUCGACGACUAGUGUGCAUCAGUGAUAAUCCCUAUGAUCCGAUUAUUUGGAAUACAAAUCUUCAAUGGAAGCAUGAAGAUGUCGCCUACCUUGAUAGAAGAAACAUAUCUUCUCCCGAGCUGUCCAAUCCUAUUCCAGAUACUUAUGGAGUAAAUUGUGACUUCAGUGACGAAUCUGACCCUUGCUUUUCAAAAUGGUCACAAUUGAACGGUCAAUGGAAAGUUGUUGGAUCCUUAGAUGUACCUAUGGGUCCAAUUUUUGACAGCAGAUGGGACGAUUUACAGGAAUAUACGACUUUCUCCUCCGAAAGAAAGAGCUUUAAAUUUAUUAAGACAUUCAAAGAUAAUGAUGCCAUCGUUAUUUCUAUACGAGGAAGCGGCAAUGUGCAUUUCCUUUUGUGCACCAGCCGCACUUAUUCUACAAAUUUUUGUUACUGGAUUAUUCUUGGGGGAUGGUGGAAUGAAAAAGAUCCUCGUAGUGGAGUGCGAAAAUGCGUUGAUGGGGUCGGUAACGGCGGUUCUCCUAGCGGUAAACCAAAUUGUCAAGAGCUUCAUCGGAAGAUUAGUCAUGUGCCGUUGAGUAAGGACGAGUGGAAAACAUACAUUUUUAGCUGGCAAAAAGCGACUAAUACCAUCGACCUUUAUGAUUCCGACGGAUUAAUUCUGUCAUAUACUGAUGGUCAACCCCCCAUAGUCAACAAUGAAUCGCAACCCGAAUAUCACUUUUUCUUCGAUAAUCCACAGGACACAGUUCCAAAAAUUUAUCGUCUUCACAAUUAUACGUAUACUCUAGUACAGCAACCCCAAGCUGAAUUGAGUGCACAACUACAGCCCAUGGAUUCUGAUAACAUCUGCAUUGAUAUGUUGGUAGGAUUAUGUCCUAACUGUGAUAUAGAAAUCAGUAUAGUGGAUACAACUGAUCAGUCACUUGUAACAUCGACAUUCAGUGGUAAUACAGUGUUUCAAAAAGCUCGUCAUGCAUUACCACAAUGGCAACGUGCAAAGAUAGAAUUGCAAAACGUCACGAUAUACUCAUCUCCAUUUACUAUUCGUAUAAUUACAAAAUUAGCGGAUGAGAGCAACAGCAUAAAUCUUCAUUGGGCAAUUGCAAACAUUCGAGAAUGUUUGCCGGAAGGGACUGCCAAAAAAACCUCUAUGAUUGCGGUUCAAGACUCUGCCGGCAAUUAUUACUGGCCCAAGGUGACGUGUCAGAAAUUAUCCCACCAUGAAGAGAAUAGGAUGCUUCUAGAUCCUGAUAGAAAGACUCGAAUUUUGUUCCAGCCAUCAAAAUUCACAAAGGACAGUCAACUUUGCCAAGAAUCGUAUUUUGGACCGUAUUGUUCUACCCAAUGCAAUGAAUACUUUGAAUCAAAUUGUCGCAACGUGGUAAUGUGCGAUGAGGAAAAUUGUUAUUGUCUUUCGGGCACACAGGGAACGAACUGUGAUAUCGCUUGUGAUGUAGGGAAUUACGGUUACAAUUGUUUCAAAACGUGUGGAAGUUGUUUGGAAACAGCUGGCAAUAGAGACGUGUGUAAUAUCUACACUGGAAAGUGCAAUCAAUGUCAAACAUUUCCAGAUAAAUAUCUCAUUUAUCCCUACUGCAAAUCCGACGAAGCUGUAAAGCCACCACCAAGUCCCUCCAUCACCAAUAUAACGUCCGACAGUGCAGACGUAUCAAAUGUCAUUCCGAGUUAUGAAAAUGUUAAUAUUUCGGUUCAAUUUAUUCUAAAGAAAGACGGUGUGGAGAGUUAUCAAUACUUAGACGCCAAAGAAAUCCCCAAUUUUAAUUCAUCAUCACCUACAGCAAUAAAAUUGCACGCUAGGUUUAGUAAUUUGGAAGCUGGUACACAGUAUUACGCGAAGAUGUCAAUUACCAUCACAAACUACGGGUUCAAUUUGAAUGGAACAUGGGAAAAUUUCACAACUUCAUGUCACGACUCCAUGCAGUACACUGUCACGCCUGGAGAAAGAACCUUGACAGUUGCAAAAAAAACAAAGAAGGAAAUUGCCACUUCUUGUCCAGACAGUUGGUACAAAAUUAAACUUUACUCCGUAUCACCACGACGACUUGAGAAUAGUUCUAGUGUAUUUCCAGUAAACUUCAUGAAUUUGAAGCCUUACAACGAUUAUGAAGUUGAAAUAGUGGGCUUAGAUGGGAGUAUAUCCCAGAAGGAAAAUGUGAAGACCCUAGAAGCUGCACCAUCAGAAGUAAGAAAUCUGGAUGUAAAGGACAUAGAGAGCACAAGGGCGACGAUAACUUGGUCUGUGCCAGUGUCACCAAAUGGAAAAAUAAAGGGAUACACAAUUAGAAUCAAGCGAGAGUAUUGCAUUGCUUGUCACGACAAAAAAUCAGUGGGAUCAAAUCUAAAAGAAACGUUCAUGGAACUUAAUGACUCCGCAAGAGUUGCUGUGUUGACGGAUUUAACACCUUACUCUAGCUACACAAUUUCGGUAUCAGCUCAGAAUUCCAAGACUGGAAUAGAGCGAACAAUAUCAUUCGAUACAAAUGAACUAGAAAUUCCCACCGAAAAGUGGAUCGAUCUCAACUUUACGCCUGAACAAUCUAAAUUAACAUGGAAAGAUCCGGACUGUAAUGAUUGGACUGGUCCAGUUAACGGUUCUAAAUUAUUUUUCACUGGAGUCAGCACUGGUGUCAUAGAUUUUUACGAUUCUCAGUACACACCCUGGCACGAAUUUACGUUGAAUAAAACUCGCCCCCAAAACAUACAUGGAAAUGAAACUUACAAUGUGAAAGUUCAUCUACUGCAUUUUUUCAAAGCCGAUCAGUACAAUACUGGUAUUUUCCAAGAAUUAAAUUUCACGACUGUUCCAAGUGCUCCCCCGAAAGUUCGGAAUUUGGAGAUCGUCGAAGUUGACUCCGAAAAUGAGCUGAUAACUCUUCGAUGGCGAAAACCUGCACCGCCAACAAACGGUCGUAUCAUUAGCUACGAAAUUGAAGUUCCUUACGCAAAAAAUAAAUUCAAAAGUUUCAAGAUAUCAGCGGAUAAACCGUGUUACUUAUGGGACGAUUGGCUUUGCGAAACAGUGAAUCGAACUUAUACAUCUUCUGGACACAUACAGGUAAGCGCCCGCAACGAUGGAGUAAAGAAUUCUGGUGAAGUCAGCAAACUCAAUAAUCAAAUAGCCGAACAAGUUCCUGAAAAGCCUCGAGAUGUGAAUUUUGUAGUUUGUGACAAUGGAGUAGUAUAUCUCACGUGGCACCACCCAUGGAAGACAGGCAUUCGGAUGCAAAAAUUCCGAAUCAAAGGAAGCGUUUUACAGACCGAUUUAGCCCGAAAUUUAAACGCUUCUGAGAGCAAACCGGUUAAAGAACUUUUAAUUGAAAGCUACAAAAAGAUUUACGAUCUUUACCUACAUCUUCGUCCAUCGACCAUGUAUGAACUAACCAUUCAAGGGAUAGGUAAGAAAUCAGAGGGGAAAAUGGAGACGCUAAAAGUCACCACCAAACCAGCUUUCCAUUUUGGUCCGAUACGACAGCCCAUCAUUAAUGCUCAGGAAUCGCAAAUCGAUAUAGUCAUACCAGAUAUUAUCAACGACAUAAAAGGAAACGUCAUUCACAUAAUAUUGAUUGGCCCUAGGCCCUGUAGUUCAAGUUGGCCAAUUCCAAAAAUCGCCGAAAAGGAUCUACGUUUGAAGUCGGGUACAAGUGCUUGGCUCAUUGCUACAUUUCAGACGUUAGACACAGGAAAUACCACUUUUACUAUCGGCAAUGAUAAAGUCCACGGGAAUAUUGCUAAUUGUCCCCUUCCUAACGGUACUUAUGAAGUCGCCUACGUAGUACAUAACAGUAAUCGUAAGUCUUCGGACAGAUUUACAAAGGUCCUUGAUUGGCGAUCAAAAGAACUACAAAUUGGGCCAGUAACGAGGACACCAUUUGUAGUUUGGCUAGUACCACUUGUCCUGCUACUAAUUGCAGCUGCUGGUAUCGCAUGGUUCUACUCCAGAAGCAGGAUUCGAAAAGCUGUAGUCAAACGAAGAACUAAGUCUGAUGAUAUAUUUCCGCCGAUCCUCUCACGAAAGCACUCUUCAUGCAAGGAAACCUCAUUAUUAGUUGCCAGUCGAGAAUCUAUAACUGGAGUAUGUGAUGUAGUUCAAACUCCAGAUGUGAUUCCAGUGAACCAAAAAAAACAUGACGACAACCCUUCCCCUACAUUGAUAAAGCUGAAAGAGUUCCAGGAUUACGUGAAAAAUGGAAUUGCAUCCGGAAAACUCAACGCUCAAUACGAGGCGUUUCCAAAGGGACAGACCAAGUCUUGGGAAUAUGGACAACUUCCGGAAAAUAAAUCUAAGAACAGAUAUGCGAAUCUAAUAGCGUAUGAUGAAACCCGAGUGAAAUUGCAAAAGUUACCCGACGAUCCCUAUUCCGACUACAUUAAUGCAAAUUAUAUCAAGGGUUAUCAAAAAAAUCAAGCAUACAUCGCUACCCAGGGCCCUCGACAGAAUACUGUGAAUGAUUUCUGGCGAAUGAUUUGGCAGGAACGAGUCCAAAUAAUCUGUAUGCUAGCCAAUGUUCUUGAAAGUGGCAAGAAAAAAUGCGAGCAAUACUGGCCGGAAAUUGGUCGAGAACUUACAUUUGGUAACAUAACUGUUCACAACUUGAGCCAUACAACAUUUGCUGACUACACUUUCAGGACUUUCUCAGUAACAUGCGCUGAAGAAACGCGGAAGGUGGAACAUCUCCAUUAUACUGCAUGGCCAGAUCAUGGAGUACCUCAAUAUAUUCAAUCGGUGGUUACCUAUUUGAAAAAAAUACUUGCAACACCACUAGGACACGGCCCUAUAGUAGUUCAUUGCAGCGCAGGAAUUGGACGAACCGGAACGAUCAUCUUAUGUGACAUAUGUCUAAGGAAAGCUGCGGCCCAAGGCGUCAUUGAUGUCUUCGCCGAGACGAAGGAAAUAAGAAAUCAAAGAGCGAAUAUGGUAGACAACAAACAGCAGUAUCUUCUCGCUCAUUUAGCACUGGUGGAGACUCUCCUGGCGUUACCAACUGCAAUACCUUGCAAUGAUACACUACCAAUGAGAAUUCAGGAGUACAAGACCCAACUUUCCCUUCAGCAACAGAGGCUCGAGGAGAGCGCUUGGGAGGAUCAGGCACUUCAAUCACCGAUAUAUAAGCCAAUGGAAAUAUCUCAGAAGAACAUCGCCAAGAAUCGUUACCCGGAAUUGGCUGCUGUAGUCGGCCCAACUCUUCAUAUUUCCAGAUAUCCCACAACCGACGAUGACAGUGAUUAUAUGUUUGGUAGUUACGUAGACAGUGCGAUGCGUAAAAAUAAUUACAUUGCUUCCCAACUACCGUUACCAUCGACGGUGAAUGAUUUUUGGAGGAUGAUUGCAGAAUUCAAUGUUGAACUUGUUAUCGUUCUACAACCUCCUGAUGAGAAAGAUCCUACGUGCUGUGAGUUUAUACCGAAAUUCGAUGAGGAGUUAAAACCAACGCCUUUCUUAAAUUUCAAAGGAAGAGAACCGAUUGAUGAAGAUGUGUGCACGAGUCGAACAAUAUUAUUGACUGAUUCGUCUGCGAAACCGUCGAAGGAACGGACGAUUACUUUCUUAUGUUUAAAAGGAUGGGAACCGGGGCAGGAUAAAUUGCCACCGAAACCGAUAACUCUAGUUAAUUUUUGGCAGUAUGCUGAGAGAAUUUCUAGGGGAGAGGGGCCCACCGUUGUUCUGUGCCACGACGGGGUACGAAACUGCGGCCUCUACUUGGCACUCAGUUUCUUACUAGAAAGAAUGGGAUUGGAACGGGAGUGCGAUGUUUGCUUGGCCAUUCGAGCUAUCCGAAGAUCGAGACCAGAUUUCUGCAAAACUCUGGAUCAAUUUGAAUAUCUGUAUGAUACUGCACUCAUUUAUGCCGACUACUUUGAGACGUACGCAAAUUUUACGUAAUUGAAGCCUAUAAUUUUAGGUGAAUCAAACUUAUGUGAUGAUCUAUCAAGAACUGAACGUAUAGUCUAUUAACUUUCCGCUCUUAAAUUUCAUUAAAACAUGUACGGAAGGAGAAUGGAUCGACGAUUAUAAUAUUUUAAGGCAUGAGAGUCUCAGCCAGUAACUCAAAUAAAUUUUGUAUCCAAAAUACUUUACGUCUAAUGAUUAUCUAUGCAAGAUUAAUAAAAAUAUGA